AUGGAUAGACUACCAGAUGAAGUGAUGUUAAUGAUUUUUGAAUGGAUACUUCCCUGCAAGUUGCUUGGGGCUGUCUCGCAAGUGUGCAGGCGUUGGGCUUCGCUGGUGGCACACCGCGCUCUACUUCUAAAGCACGAGAAUGAACUGCAACGAUGCCAUCAAGGUCUGCAUGGUGUACGCGUGCUCAAUCGGCAAACCACCAUCAUGAUUAAUAAGUUGUUUGAAUUCCGGAACCUUCGUGAUAUAACCAUCUGCAGCGCCACUCCCCUUUCGUCUGAUUGCUUCAAAGCACUAAUCCACUUAGAACAGCUAGAUCAUCUGGAUGUAUUCCUGGACGGCCGACCAUUGGAUGCAUCUAUGUUACCCACUCUUGGCGGUUGA